ACUCCACCUUUAAAUUUAUUUAGGAUUGCAUUAAUGUGUGCUUGUUUACUUUAUCAACCAAUCAAUCUGUAAAUUAAACACACAAUUUAAAAAAUGCCCAAUGGAGAUUUUGAUUGGUGUUCAAUUUUAUCUCUGGGCAUCAUUAAUAUAUUGAAUGAUUGUAUCGAACCACAGUUGAAAUGUCCAAAUUCAAACAUAACGUUCUGGCUGUAUACACGACAAAAUCAACAUAAUCCCUAUCAACUGCUAGCAAAUGAUUCCAACUCCAUGACAUUGGCUCCGUUUGUCAAGAAUUCUCCUGUGAAGCUUCUCAUACAUGGGUACACCGGCAACAGGAAUCGUUCGCCUAAUAAAGAAUUAAGGUCGGCGUACUUCAAAUGCUGCGACUACAACAUAAUAUCCGUCGACUACAACCCGUUAGCCAGUGGUCGGUGCUACAUACAAGGUGCUCAUAAUGCGAAGCUAGUGGGAAUGUGCAUCGCGCAGCUGGUUGACGAACUAGUUCAAAAUCAUGGCUUCAACCUGUCUUUAAUACACCCCAUUGGCUUCAGUCUUGGAGGACAGAUUGCUGGCUUCAUAGGAAAUUACCUAAAAUCGGGGCGAUUGUACCGCAUAACAGGCCUCGAUCCUGCGCUUCCAAUGUUCUGGACGUUUGACGAUAGCAAAAAGUUAGACGCUGGGGAUGCCAGAUUUGUGGACAUUUUGCAUACGAAUUCUUUCAUAAGAGGCAAGUUUGAGAGUACUGGGACAAUCGAUUUCUUUGCUAAUAAUGGCAUGAUCCAGCCUGGCUGUUCAUCAACAAAGGCAGCUGGGAACCUAAUAAAAUUUAUACAGGCUAUUGCAGAUUUUAAUACACAAUCUAGCUGCAGUCAUGCCAGGGCAGUAGCGUACUUUGCCGAAUCCAUAAAUUCAAAAGUAGGGUUCCAUGCGAUGAAAUGCACCACAUGGAUUGGCUAUAUGGUCGGUUUGUGCGGGCUGCUCCAUUCGUCCAGACAAGAUGUACUCUUUGGUGAACGGGUGCCGCUUAAUGCUCGUGGACUCUACUUCUUUUCGACAAACUCAAAACCACCAUAUGCAGUUGAUUAGUUUACCCAGUUACAAAUAACAAGCACGCCCUUUGCUAGAAAACAAAUUAUAAGAAAUAGAAGAUUUAAAGGUAGAAAAGAAAUAAAAGAAAUAUAAGAUAUCAAAACAGAGUAACCGGAAUUUUUAG